AUAUUAAAUAAUAUUAAUUUUAACUCAGCAACAACCAAAUUCCUCCCUCUCCCUAUAGAAAAAUUCUAUUCACAACAAUUCUUUUCUUCUGCAAAGAACAAAAAGAAGACGACGAGGACAAAGAAGAAGAGGAAGAAGAAGCAUAUUUAUUCAUUUUUCCAAAAUGCAUUUCGCUAAACUCGAUGAUUCGCCAAUGUUCAGGCAACAGCUGCAGUGCCUGGAAGAAGGUGUAGAUUCAUUACGGGCGAGAUGCCAGAAGUUCUACAAAGGAUGUCGGAAGUACACGGAAGGUCUUGGUGAGGGAUAUGAUGGGGACAUUGCUUUUGCGAGUGCCCUUGAAACUUUUGGGGGAGGGCAUGGUGAUCCUCUUUUUGUUGCUUUGGGAGGACCUGUUAUGACCAAAUUCACUAUUGCUUUGAGAGAAAUUGGUACCUACAAAGAAGUUCUACGGUCACAGGUGGAGCACAUGCUUAAUGACCGGUUGUUACACAUUCUCAAUGUUGACAUCCAAGAUGUUAAGGAAGCUCGAAAGCGGUUUGACAAAGCUUCCCUUGCAUAUGAUCAGGCACGUGAUAAGUUUCUGUCAUUGAGAAAGAGCACUAGAAUGGAUGUUGCUGCUGCCAUCGAAGAGGAAUGGCACAGUGCAAGAGAUUCAUUUGAGGAAGCUCGUUGCAAUCUGGUUAGUGCUCUAAAUAAUGUUGAGGCCAAGAAGAGAUUUGAAUUUUUAGAGGCCGUCAGUGGAAUUAUGGAUGCUCAUCUUCGAUACUUUCAACAGGGAUAUCAGCUAUUGCAUCAGAUGGAACCUUUCAUUACUGAGGUCUUGGCUUAUGCACAGCAGUCAAGAGAAAGUUACAAUACGGAUCAGAUCUCACUAAAUGAAAAAAUGCAAGAGUACAAAAAACAAAUUCACCAAGAAAGUAGAUUGUCUUUAAAUGGCCCCCAUGGUUCUCCUGGAGAAUGUGUACAGCCUUUUUCUAAGAUAUCAAAUGAAGUGGUAGAUGCAGUAAAAGAAUCUGCUGCAAAUGGGAAGGUUCAAAUUAUUCGACAAGGAUUUCUUUCAAAACGCUCCUCCAAUCUGAGGGGUGACUGGAAGAGGAGGUAUUUUGUCCUUGAUAGCCGAGGAAUGCUGUUCUAUUAUCGCAAACCAUGGAACUUGGCGCAUAGUAGCAAUCCACCAUCUGUUCAGAGAAAUAAUGCCAAUGAAAAUGGGUCUGGACUUCUGAGCCGGUGGCUUUCUUCUCAUUAUCAUGGGGGUGUCCAUGAUGAGCGAGCUGUGGCACGUCAUGCAGUGAACCUGCUUACGUCAACAAUUAAGGUUGAUGCUGAUCAGUCAGAUUUAAGAUUUUGCUUCCGGAUUAUUUCACCAGUAAAGAACUAUACAUUGCAGGCAGAAAAUGCAGUUGACCAAAUGGAUUGGAUAGAAAAAAUGACUGGAGUAAUUGCUUCCUUGUUGAGUGUUCAGUCAGUAGAAAUGCCUCUCACAGCUGACUCUGAAAGCGGUGGAUGUUCCUCUUCAAGCAAGAGUGAUACGCUGGAAAACUUUCGAGAUGAUAUUCAACCAAUGAGUAAGGAGUGUGCGUCCAAGAACAUCACUUCUACUGGUCAUUUGCGUGAAUAUAAAAGUUUUCAGUUGCAUAAACAGAGUACAAGAGGUGAAAAACCAAUUGAUGUUCUCAGAAGUGUAAGUGGGAAUGACAAAUGUGCUGAUUGUGGUAAACCUGAACCAGAAUGGGCAUCCUUAAACCUUGGUAUUCUCAUAUGCAUCGAGUGUUCUGGCAUUCAUCGUAAUCUUGGUGUACAUAUAUCAAAAGUAAGAUCACUGACACUUGAUGUGAAAGUUUGGGACCCUUCCGUUCUAACUAUGUUUCAGUCCCUAGGCAAUCAUUUUGCAAACUCAGUUUGGGAAGAGAAGUUGCAUUCAGCAAGUGAAAUGCAAGCUGAUGGCAAUACUAUUGACGACAGAAACAAAUUACUCCGUGCAAGGAAACCAGAACAUGACGAUCCUAUUUCAUUAAAAGAGAGGUUCAUUCAUGCAAAGUAUUCUGAGAAAAUCUUUGUCGAUCAGAUAAAGAAUAACAACCAUCUCCUUUCGGUGGCACAACAGUUGUGGGAAAGUGUCUGUGCCAAUGACAAGAAAGCAGCAUACCGGCAUAUUGUGAAGUCUGAUUUGGAUGUCAAUGCCGUCUGUGGUCAAGAAUAUUUUGAUGAUGCUUUUGACAUGCCUUCUUCAAGCAAUUCAAAAUCUUCAGCCAGGAGCGAAAAUCAGCCAUUAGAGGACAUACUUGAUGGUUCAACUGUGCUUCAUCUGGCAUGCCUGACUGCUGACAUUGCCAUGGUGGAGCUGCUCUUACAAUAUGGCGCAGACAUAAAUGCUUCCGAUUCAAGAGGUCGCACCCCACUGCAUUACUGUAUUAUCAGAGGGAAGAAUGCAACUGCCAAAUUGCUUCUUAUGAGAGGGGCCAAUCCACAUGCCGCAGACGAUGAAGGCAAUACUCCUCUUAAACUUGCGUCAGAAUCCGCUUCUAUUAGCGACGAUGUUCUCGGCCUCAUUACAAGAAGAUGACAUUAGCCUACAGGGCAUGUAAUAUUUAUAGUCAAAAAAUGGAUGUCGCUGAAUCGAACCUAUCAUCGAUUGGUGCCAUAGCACUCAAGGAAAUUUACUGCCCACUUAUCUAAAUCUUGACGAGAAAGAAUCAGCCUUUAACAAGUGAGGGGGGCAAGAAUUGGUGGGUUCGUCUGCCUGGCAAUGUGUGUAUAGUGUAUGGGUUGUUUAGUGGAAAACAGUUCCAUCCUCUUUAAAUUUUGGAAGUGCAUAAUGAUUAAUUAUUUUCAUUAUAUAAUCGAUUAAUUAACAUGUAUUCUAAGGGCGGCUUGUGAUGUACCAACAUUUUUAUUACUCUGUUGGGUUACAUUUCCACUUUGGUCACGCGACAAAGAUGGAAAACAUGCACAUCAUUGAUAGAAGUUCCUGGAACGUGAAUCUUAA